AUGUGCUUUACUGCCUGCCCAGCAGGCUAUGCAGCAGAUUCUACGAAUGUUUGCAUUUGGAGCAGCGAUAGCGCGUUGUCAUUAUCCUUACAGAAUUUAAUUUACCUAGAUAGUGUAAGCUCAGUACAAGUAGGUUCUUCGAAUUCUAAUGCAUAUCCUACCUGGGAUUCAAGUGACCCGAUUCCUUCUAUUAGUCGUGGAUAUUAUUUUAUCAGUGGAAAAUAUAUGGAUGCUGGUGCAUUUAUGAUGAGUCCGUUUUAUACAGUUACUAUUUGGGUAAAGCCUAUCGGUUUAGGAUAUUUGAUGGUGAAAUUAGAUGGAUCUACAGAAAUGUUUGGAAUUCACUUUGAUAUAAAUGGGGACCCAAUAGUUGAAGCUACCUUGAGCGAUGGUUCAAGUGUUUCUUUAACAACUUCAUCAUCAUUAUUUGGAAGUUGACAUAAUUUAGCUUAUACAGGAAAUAUUGUGACUGGCUAUACCACAAUUUCUCUUUACUUGGAUAGAGCUUUAUUUAUUAAAAUAGCGAUAUAAUCAAUAUUUUCUUAUGAUACAAAAGCCAGAACUUAAUACUAUGUUGAAAUUGCAUGGAUUCAAGAAUAAAGAGCAGAUUAUAUUGCAUCGGAUAGGUUUUGACUGCUUUAUUGUGAUUUAAAAUCAAAGUGUCCAGCAAUGUCCUGUGAACUCCAAGUGCUACUUUAUUGAGAGAUUGAGGGUUUUGGCCAGGCCACAGAGAGCAACCCUAUUCUAAUAGAUGCCAAGCUAGACUCUAAGAAAGUUAAUUCUUGAAAUCUAACUAAUCCCAUAACCGUCGAUGGUCACAAAAAUCAAUAAGCCGUCCAUCAAGACUGAAGCUUAAUGAAAGUGAAAUCCUAUUGAGCCUACUUCUUUGAAUUUUGGGGAAGAGGGCAGCAAAAUGAACUUCUAAAAGGAGGUCUUCGGCGGCAGCUUCAACAAUAUGGCUUGGCCUUAAAAUGACUAAUCUUAAUAGUCGGAUGGAGCUGCAACACCAACAACCCAAACUUCUACUUCAAUGCAACCAUUUAUUGAUUCAGGAUCAUUAUUAUUUGGAUACUCUUCAAUAGCAGAUAGUUUCCAAGGCUUUUUAUGAAGUGUGAAAAUCUACAAUAAAAAUACAUACCAAGCUUCUGAAUGGAUAGCAUCAGGCUGCCCUUCAUCCUGCAGUUCAGGAUGUCCUUCAGAGCAGCUUUGUCCUGAUUCUUGUUUAUUCGGAGAAUAUGAUGAUGGCGGCUGUCAAGUUUGCGAUAGCGCAUUUUCAUGCUCUUAUGGAUGCAGGAGCUGAGAUACCUGCAGACUUUGCAAAGCAAAAGAAUGCGAUACUUGCACAACAUUCACUGGAGAUUGCACUCAUUGUAUAACUAAUGCUGAAAUUGUAACAGGAAAUACUUGUGCUUGUAAAGAUGUAGCUUUUUGGGUCCAUUCCUCUCAAUCUUGUGAACUUUAUGAUGGUCUUUGCUCAAAAUGCUUACUUUCCUCAUUUGGCAACAAGCAAACAUUUUUUUACUUAAUUUUAUAUUUAUUUUGGUUUUGCAAAUUUCCAAUUGAUAAUAUUUGAUAGGAAACUCGUGAUUAAUUAUUAAAUUUAUAUUUCAGAACGUCAAUUUUCUAAACGGAUGUGAAUUACCUUAAUUUUUAAUUAAUAUAUACCAAGAUAUUAUAUAAAAAAAUUUUUUUUGGUGUUUGCUGAGGUCUGAUUUUUCAUUAUUUCUUAGAUUAUCAUCAAUAAAAGUUAGGAUCUUAUUACUUUGAGUGUCAAACUUGUAUAUCAGGGGCACAAAAAGUUGACAAUAUCUGCUUGCAUGCUUGCCCUUAUGGUUUUGAUUCAAGCUGCAACUAUCCUGCAUCAAGCCAAGUAAUAAACGAAGUGUUUGGGGAUAAUUUUAGAGGUCAAUAUGGAGAAUUUAUCACCGGGACAAGUGCAUCUUCUUAUCAAUUUUUCAAUUCUCCUGAAGUAAAUAUCGACCCAACUCAAGCUAAAAAUAGAGGGCUUUACUUCACUAAUGGCAGCUAUCUUCAAGCAUCCACAAUUUAUCUUAAUUAUAAAUUUUCUAUAGGUUUCUGGGCAAAUGUAAAAACUGCUGGAGAUAUGCUUGAAAAACAGCCAAACUUGAGAUUUAGCUCUGAUGCGUCAUCUAUUGUUUAUUUAGAAAAUCCAAGCUUAGUAACAGCAUCAGUUAGUACAUUAGCAAUUACAUAUACAGCAGGAUGAAAUUAUUUUGCCAUAACUAUUGCAUAUACUCCUGGCUCUACAGCUGUUACCUGUUAUGUCAACGCAGCUUCAAGUUCUCCUGCAACCAUCACGAAUAAUUGUAUAUUUAGAGAUGUCAGCUCUCAGCAGAUUAUAAUAGGGAAAAGCUCAGCAUCCUCAACAUUUGAAGGUUUUAUAUACAAUUUCAACUUAUGGACUGAUACAAUAACAGAUUUUAGCUACCAAAUAAAUAAUGAUAUAUGCAACACUGGGCAAGGCCAUAGCUGCUUGUGGGAUUGCUAUAUAGAUAAAUACCAAGAUACCGAUGGAUCAUGUAAAUCUUGCAAUUCAUGCUCUUUAGGCUGUACACGAGGGGUCUCUUGUGGGAUUUGUGAUGAUAAAUUGUGUGAUGAAUGCUCUGGGUUUGGAGCCAACCUUUGUUAUACUUGCGUUACCCAUGCCUCAGGUGCUCCUGGAAGUGCUUGCUCAUGUGACCAGCAAUAUUAUUUAAAUCCUGAUGGCUUUUCCUGCUCUCCUUGUACAACGGGAUGCAAAACCUGCUCUGGCAAUGAUUAUUAUCUAUGCACAUCUUGCAUUAACUUAUAUUACUUGCUUUCAGGAAUGUGUUUACUGCUUUGAAAUAUAUAAAAUAUAAUAAAAUCGCUAUUUUUAAUAAUAAAAAUUAUAUUUAUCCUUUUUAAUAUAAUAUUUCUAUCCCUAAUUAGUAAUCAUUUUAAUUAAAAUCCCUAAAUCUGAAUAAAAAAAUUUGAUAUAUUAAAGUAAAUAUUCUGCCAAAAACCCGUAUAAAGAAAAAUUAAUCUCUAUUUGAUCCAAAAAUUUUUGUUGUUGUUUCUAUGAGAGUUAGGAUAUUGUCCAACCGGCUAUACAGCAGACAGCACUACUCAUGAAUGCACUUUACCACAUAACCCUUCUCUUUCAGUGGUAUUAAACAAUGACAUACUACUAAAUUUAGUUGAUGGCAUGAAUGUAGGAAAUGACAAUUCAAAUAAGUACCCUGCUUGAACUGAUGCAAAUGACCCAACGCCAGCUAUCCUAAGAGGUUAUUAUUUCUAUGGCACGCAGUCUUUGUCUAAAUCUUCAUUUCUUAUAUCCACACAAUUUUCUGUCCUUUUGUGGCUAAAGCCAAUUGCUGGAGGAUAUGUAGCUGUAAAAUCAGAUGGGACACAUGAAUACUUCAAGCUCGUUUUAGAUGGAUCUGGGAAUCCGAAUUUAGCCAUUUUAAUGGCUGACAGCUCAACCGUUUCCAUAGCAGGGUCUUCAAGCUUACUAUUAAAUAAUUGGCAUUUCCUUGCAGUCACUGGAACAUUGAUAUCAGGUCUUGCAUCAGUCAUGCAACUUUGGCUUCGACUACUUGCACUUGUGAUGUUGAUGCUAUUUGGGUGGCUUCUUCGUCUUCUUGUGAGCUGUGCGAUGAUCCUAUCUGUUCGGAUUGUGCUUCUACGUGCUAUUUUGACUGUACUACUUGCAGUUCUGGAAAUUUGGUAG